AUGGCAUGUCAUAUUUUCUGCACCUUGUGUUUGUAUUUGUCUACUGUCGGACUAGCUCUAUCUAAUGACAUGCUUGUCGAUUUGCGAGCUAAUCUUGCUCAGCCUGUUCGGCAAUUUCAAAGACGGGCAUUUGGAAUCUUGCAUUCUUUCAAUGCCACUUACCCUCCUAGUGACACUGUGAGACCUCUUCAUCUCCACAUGUAUCGAGGACCGGAAAGAUUUCGUCUUUAUGAUCAUAAUUGCUCUGAGCUUCCUUGCCCUUGGCUCUUUGCUAAUGUCAAUCGUUUGGUAUCUAUGGGAACAAAUAUACAAUUUCUUCUUUCAGAUAUCUACUUUGCCUGGAGAGAUCAUAUAGGAUUGCCAGACUCACUUCUUCCCGGAGAUAAUAAAAAUUUUACUUUGUGGGAGAACGUGGUGACAUUUAGCGUCAAAUGGACUUUGGCUCUUGGGCAUGAGGACAUUAUGUGGGAUAUCUAUAAUGAACCAAAUAUUGGAUUCGAAAACAGAUCUAUUUUUCAAUUUUAUGAGGUGUGGAGAAGAGCAUAUCAGAUCAUUAAAUCGUUUAAGUCAGACUUGAUUGUGAUUGGACCAUCUGUGGCAGAUCUUGGAUGGGAUGACAAAGUCUUUCCUUGGAUUCAGAAAUUUCUUUUGGUGCAGGCUCAGAAAAAUCUGUUGCCAGAUAUAUUGUGUUGGCAUGUCGGUUAUAGCAAUGGCAGUGAUUUAGUUCAACAACAUGAACAGAUCAGAUCGUUUCUUGUUGCACAUAAUCUUUUUAUUCCUAAGAUUGCACACAAUGAAGUAAUUGGACCAGCUGGGUCACUGUCUCCUGGUGUUUGCGUGUCUUUUCUUGCAAAUUUAGAGAGAUUAAAUGUUGACCAUGCCUGUCGAGCUUGUUGGAGAGAGUAUGAUCCUGUGAGUGAUAAACGAUAUGAUUCAUGUUGGGAUCAAACUCUUGAUGGAUUACUAACCGCUGAUGGUAAGUUUAAGCCACGAUCUGUAUGGUGGGUAUAUCAAUGGUAUGGAGAAAUGAACGGACACAUUUACCCUCUAGAAGGAGAAAUGCUGCAAAAUGCAAUAGAUGGACUUGUAGUCUACAAUGGCAGCACCAUCACGGCCUUGCUUGGACAAAUUGGAGACAGAGCAGAUGGACUUGUGAUUAAUCUUACAGUCGCCAAUGUCACCACAUGGAAGAGAGCAGCUCUCACAGCUUGGUGGUCGCCUUUUACUGGAAUGGAGGCUCUGUUGUCUCCGGCAGUUAUUCUAACUCAAUUUCAAUGA